UAUUGGCUGGGGGAGCCGCUGAGGCACCUCGCGCUUCCCCAUCCCUUUUGGUUUUGAUGCGACACACUUCUCGUUCUCUUUAAUUUUGCGUUUAAAACAAGACGAUCGUCUGGCUGUCGCUGCUUCAAAGACCUCUUUAAUCCCGCUUCCGAGCAUUUCUGCAGUCAAAGCAAACCGACAGCACCGCGAUGACGGAGGAGGGGGAGCAAACGGAGAAGCAACAACAACAACAGCCCGCAUCCUGCAACGGCUCUCCGAUGGAGGCCUCCAGCACGGAAGACGCGUUCGACCACACGUACGAAGAGAAGCAAGGCCCCAAGCCGCCGACGAUCGUCGUAUGGAGGAACGUCGUCCUCAUGACCCUGUUGCAUAUCGGCGCGCUGUACGGCGUUCUCCUCAUCCCCAGCGCCAGUCUCUCUACGCUGCUCUGGUCCACACUUUGCUUUGUGAUAAGUGCUUUAGGAGUGACGGCAGGUGCUCACCGCCUGUGGAGUCACAGGUCCUACAAGGCCACUCUACCUUUAAGGAUCUUCUUGGGCAUGGCCAACUCCAUGUCCUUUCAGAACGACAUCUACGAGUGGGCUCGCGAUCACAGGGUCCACCACAAGUACUCUGAAACGGACGCCGACCCUCACAACGCCGUACGCGGCUUCUUUUUCGCCCACAUCGGCUGGCUGCUGGUGCGCAAACACCCCGAUGUCAUCGAGAAGGGACGCAAGCUGGAGCUUCAUGACCUGCUGGCCGACAAGGUGGUCAUGUUUCAGAGGAAUCACUACAAGCUGUCAGUGCUGCUCAUGUGCUUCUUGGUGCCCAUGUUCGUGCCUUGGUACUUUUGGGGCGAGUCCCUGUGGGUGGCCUACUUUGUGCCGGCGUUGCUGCGCUACACACUAGUGCUCAACGCUACCUGGCUGGUCAACAGCGCCGCGCACAUGUGGGGCAACCGGCCGUACGACCAUAGCAUCAACCCCCGGGAGAACAAGUUUGUCACGUUCAGCGCCAUAGGAGAAGGAUUUCACAACUACCACCACACCUUCCCGUACGACUAUGCUACCAGCGAGUUCGGCUGCAAGAUGAACCUGACCACCUGCUUCAUCGACGUGAUGUGCCUCCUGGGCCUCGCCAAGGACCGCAAACGAGUGACCCACGAGAUGGUGCUGGCGAGAGCGCAGCGUACGGGCGACGGCAGCUACCGCAGUGGCUAAAACCCAAACGAGCGACCUUGCCGAGCUUGAGACGGAAAAUAAAAACCUCCACAAGUCAUUUUUUUUGGACGGCGUUUCAUCUCUUCAUCCACCACGUGGAGUCUUAAGUCGCUUCACGACGGGGCCGCGACCACAUUUUUGCUUGUUUUUGUGUUUUUUUCGUAGCUGUUACUAAAAUUUGUGAAGCCAAUUAAGAAAAUAAUAUAUACACAUUCUAGUUAAGCUCUCAACUUUCUAAUGUUUUUUGGAUUUGAAGUGAAUAAAAAAAAAAAUUAUUUGCUGUGUAUUCAAAGGUUGCUUAAAAGAUAAAAAAACGACAAUCCACACAUUUGACCCCAUAUAUCGACAACGAAACCAAACGGUUCCUUUUGUUGUGAAAUUUAACGAUCAAGCCAUUUAUUUAGUGCCGAUUUUAUUUUUUUCCUUUUCAGUGCGCUUUGUGGAUGUUUUUGGAUAUUCUCGUGGCGUCCGUGGCUUCGCUUCGUCUCACGCGGCGUUUCAUGCAACAUCCCCACCGGUAGAUGUAGCAGCCGAGUCAUGUGACCAUGUGGCCAUCCAUGCAUGAUGAGGAUGAUGGUAUACCGUACGUGUUCUCGGGGAGCGGCGUUAACCUCAAGCCCCUUUUUCGAGUGUCUGGUUUUACAGAAUGCUUCUACGGUCUUAUUUAUGUAUUUAUUGUUGCAGAGGUUUUUUUUUUUGGUACCGGCUGAAAUGGAUAAACGCUAGCCUUUGUAACCCGUUUCGUAUCUUCUAUCUGGAAUUGGAGCGCUUGUUUAGUUUGUUCCCUCCCGUUCCCCCCUUUUACAAAAGUCAGGAAACUACCAAAUGCCUUAUGACUUGAAUUCAUUCCUGAUGGUUACACGUUCUGUCCCGACAAAAAAACCCACCAAACAAAGUCCAUGUUUACAGAGACAUAGUUGGCACUGCAAUUAAAAGUAGCACUUGUAUAACUCUGGGGGAGAGGGGAAAAUUUCUAUUACUAAUCAAAGGUCACUUACAAAAUUCUGCCCUCCGCAUCGCUCAGAACAAAUGUACCAACUGUUUAGCGAUGCCACACGUUGCGCAAGCAGAUCCCGCGCCAAAUUUACAUCGUCCCAAAAGUGACAAAGAUCACGAAAAGGUUGGAAUUCUUGAAUUGUUUUGUCAAACUGCUCAUUUUGGGAAUAAAGUUCACAAUAUUUUCAA